UCGUUCUCUUCUUGUUUUUUGAGUGUCGGUUGCGUCCAUAUUUCCAGCUGGAUUAAUUAUAACAAAAGCUAUUCAAGUGGCGAUUCUAAUACGCUUUUAUACGUUUUAUUGUGAAGCACAAAGUGAAAAGUAAUAUAAGAAUACGAUGGAAGUGGCUAAACCAGAACUAAAUGGUUCACCGCUGCCCCAGCGUCCGCCGAUUCAACCGAAUGAGGGCAUGCCGCAGCAAGACGGUGGUACUCCUAUGAUUCAGGGUUCUGGAGAUGGUGAGCCAAACCAACCAGGAGGAUUCAAUAAACAAAAUCAGAAUCAAAGGCAAAAUAAUCGCAACAAUAACGGUAAUAAUCAGAAUAGGAACCGGGGAAACCGGUUCGCAAAUCGUGAUAAUAACCAACAGAGAGGUGGCGGCGGCGGCGGUGGUGGUGGCGGUUUUGGUGGUUUCAAUCGUCAGAAUAAUCAGGAUGGUAAUAAUGACGGAAAUAAUCAGCAGUACCAGCAACGCCAAGGUGGCCAAGGCAAUCGCGGAGGAAACCGAAGGAGCCAAGGUGGCGAUGGAGAUCAAAGUUUUGAUCGACGCCGGAGCGGUCCUGGAGAACAAUACUUCAUCCAGGAAAAGUUACGUAUGCUGCAAGGUCCUAUUCUUGACAUACCGCCAAUUGAAAUAGAGGAAAAUAAAUUCUCCGGACGCAACAGGCUUUACAUCGGUAAUUUGACUAAUGAUGUGACCGAGGAUGAGCUGACUGAAUUGUUCAAACCGUUCGGUGAUAUCAGUGAAAUCUUCAUGAAUAAGGAGAAAAAUUAUGCGUUCGUGCGAGUGGAUUAUUUCGGCAAUGCUGAGAAAGCGAAGCGAGAUUUGGAGGGCACCUUGCGGAAAGGUCGUCCUUUGAGAGUACGUUUUGCUCCGAAUGCUACCGCAAUACGAGUGAAGAACCUAACAGCAUUCGUCAGUAAUGAAUUACUGUAUAAGGCAUUCGAAGUUUUCGGCCCAUUAGAGCGUGCAUCGGUACAGGUAGAUGAACGUGGCAAAUCCACCGGUGAGGGUAUUGUGGAAUUCAAGAACAAACCUGGUGCAAUGGCAGCAUUGAGAUACUGUAAUGAAAAAUGCUAUUUCUUGUGUUCAUCAUUGCGUCCGUGCAUUGUAGAACCGUACACUCAUCAGGAUGACGCUGAUGGUUUGCCUGAGAAAUCUCUUAACAAGAGAAUUCCAGAUUUUAUGAAGUCUAGGCAGAUGGGUCCUCGUUUUGCUGAACCCGGAUCGUUCGAGCAUGAGUAUGGUCAACGUUGGAAGCAAAUGAAUGAGCUGUUCAAACAAAGGGCCGAAGCUCUAAAACGCGAGAUGGUCAUGGAAGAGGAAAAGCUAGAAGCACAGAUGGAACUUGCUCGUUAUGAACAUGAGACUGAACAACUUCGUGAACAACUGCGAAUGCGAGAGCAGGGCCGCGACCGUCAGAAGGCUGAGUGGGAAAUGAAAGAACGCCAAGCACAGGAGUCUCUAAUGCGUAAUGUUCCCGAUUUACAGAAUAAUCAGGCAUUAAAUAAUUCCCAGGAUAACAACGAAGGCCGCCGACCGUUUGACAAUAUGAACAAGAGUGCAACCGAAGGUGGUAAUAACAUGGGAAUGGAAGUUCGUGAUUAUGAGCAUGGUCAAAACAGACCACCACGCUUUAAUGAUGAAGAAGGCCAGCAACUGCCUAACCAGCAAGGAGGAGGUGGCAAUAAUGGACCCCAGCAACAGCGUCAGGGCAAUGCAUUUGGAGGUGGAGGCGGCGGAAACAAUCGCAACUGGAUGAAUAACAAUAAUGAUCGUCGUCAAAGUGAUGACUUCCAGAGUAAGCGCAGACGGUUCUAAAGAGAUGACUCAAACCGCGCAUGUGCACUGCUGCUGAAUAUUACUAUAGAUACAGAUGGAUGUCGUGCAAUGCGAUGCAUCUUCAGACCCACUUUGAGACUAAAUUAUUGAAAAUAGAUAUCACGUGAUUACCGACUCUUCGGUAAUGAAAAUUGGGUCUGAAGCUUAAUUGAUGUAUCUUCUAUCGUUCGAGCUCGAUUACCACAGAUAUUAGAGCAAAGAAUCACUCUUCUGAUUACUAUAUACCACUUGACACGUAUAGUUGUAACCGACGAAAAAUUUCUUUCAAUGUGUAACAACAAAAUAUUCUCUAGACAAACAAGUUGUACUCUUUGUAGGAGUAUGCAUUCAUAUUAUAUCCUGACUUGAAUAGAUAAAGUAGUCCGCCAGAAUUCUGUUAUUCAAAGAGAUUGAGAGAAAUAUCAAUACUGGUGACCAUAAAAAACCAAUUGCAUCAACUGUGUUUGUACUCUUUCCCCAUCAAAACAACUAGUAAUAAAAUAAUAUCAAACCUGUAAAUUUCUUCUCGUAUUCAAUGUCCUCGAAUUGAAAACGAUAAUGCAAUAUUAAUUGUCAUCAGACUUGAAUGUACUUAUUCAUUCGAAUUAAAUAAAUUUAGUUACUAACUACCAUCAAGAGAAAAAUAGAAAGUAACAGCAGCAAAUAAAAUUUAAAAUAAAUCUAAAUUCCAA